AGUAGUGAAAGGCGGGUCAGCCAGUUUGCCUCUCAUAGAUGACGGGCAAUUCUAAUGAUAAGGUGAACCCGGACUUUUGUCGAGUUUGCCGAUGUGAGGGGACUGCUUCGAAACCUCUAUUUCAUCCUUGUUUGUGCACUGGGAGUAUUAAAUAUAUUCAUCAAGAUUGCCUCAUUCGUUGGCUUGAGUAUAGCAAAAGAAAUACUUGUGAAUUAUGUAAUCAUCGGUUUGCUUUCACUCGAAUUUAUGCAUCUGACACUCCACGAUUUCUGCCGCUCACCGUGUUGGCUGUGGGACUGGCCAACAGCUUGCGUCGAUUUGUACUAAACUGGAUUCACUUGUCGAUUGUCUUCACUGCAUGGUUGGUUGUAGUUCCUUUAUCUGCCUGUCGCAUGUACCGUUGUCUUUUUACUGGUAGCGUUUUCUCACUCCUCACACUUCCAUUAGAUAUGGUUUCCACAAAACACUUGUUACAAGAUUGUGUUCAGGGUUUCAUUAUUGUAAUCUUUGCAUUGGCCGCAUUUUUGGGUUAUGUUUCAUUGCGAGAACAACUUCUCCAAGGAACACCAGCAUGGUUGGAACGUGAUGCUCAUGCAGAAGCUCGUGGUGCUGAUCCUCCCCAUCCUCCUCGUCCUGCCGCUGGGGUCAAUGGUAGGCGACCUCUAUUUCCGGAUAUUUUCAAUAUUUUUGGUGUUGCAAAUGGUGGUGGUUUAGGUGCUGCAGUUUUCGGUGAAGGCAACGAAGAUCCUGUUGAACCUGAAAUAUUUAACAAUGAUGAACAGCAUCAUCAGACUGUUCAACAAGAAUUAGUGAAUUCUGAACAUAUCACGUGUUCCUCUUUAAAUCAACAACAACCGGUGAUUAACAGUGGUAUCUCAGAAACGUUAGAGCCUUCACAUGAAUCGGCAGAUACUGUAAAUCGUGGAUCAUCAUCUAAUCCACAACAAUUGGCUUGGUAUAUGGAAAAUACAGGAGUUAAUUUGGAGGGAGAUAUUCCUGACGAAGAUGGUAGAGCCAAUAACGAUCCAGCAGAUGCAGAUGGUGCACCAGAAGCUAUGAAUUGGAAACAUUUAUUGGGUCUAGAUGGAUCUUUAAAUUUUCUGGAACACGUUUUGUGGCUUAUUGCUUUAAAUACUUUGUUUAUUGUCAUAUUUGCCUUUUGUCCAUAUCAUAUGGGUCAGUUUACUGUGUUGGGAUUCAAUUUGGAGCGUUUUAUUAAUGCAACUCACAUGGAAGGGUUUAGUACAAGUUUAAUUGGUUACAUUAUUUUCGCUUUUGCUUUGAUUCUUAUGCAUGAAGUAUUCGCUAUCCUCAAUAUGCCUCGAGCUUGUUAUUGGACUGGUCUUGGUUAUAUAUACAUCAAAGUUGCUUUGGUUUCUUUAAUGGAAUUGGGUAUUUUCCCCAUUUUGUCUGGAUUUUGGAUAGAUGCUUGUACUUUGUCUCUUUUCAAUGCGACGUUAACUCAACGAGCUAGUGUAUUUCAUUAUGCACCAGUUGCUUUUACCUUUAUUCAUUGGGCAAUUGGAAUGUUGUACAUAUUUUAUAUGGCGUCUUUGCUUGUACUGGGUCGAAGUGUACUACGUCCUGGUGUUCUACGCUUCAUAUAUCAUUUUAAUGAUCCUGAUUAUAAGCCUAUUCAAGAUAUGAUACUUCAACCAUUACCACUAUACAUACAACGUUUGAUUGCUACUUAUUCAGUUUGGGGUAUAUUAAUUGUACUCAUGCUAUGGUUACCUACAGAAGUUAUUCGGCAUUUCUUUCCUAAAUUCUUGCCAUUUCGUAUUAAUGCAGCUUAUGACAGUCCAUUGGAUUAUUCAUUGGAAAUGAUAUUAUUACAAGUUGUUCUACCAUUCUUAUUGGAUAAUCACGCUAAAACAACUCUUCGUCAGAUUUUACGUUGGUGGUGUAUAUGUGUAUCAUGGUUGCUUGGUUUACGUAGUUACUUGCUCGGUGAUAUUCCAUUUUCACCAGGGGAUUUUAUUGUUACUGAAAAUGGAACUGAAGUACCAUACAAACAACGUCGAGAUUCUCAUAAUCAAACAUCUAAUUUGAAUAAUCAUUCGGGAUUCAUGUCUGUAGAAUCGUCUCAACGGACAUUGACUAAUGAACCAGACGAUAUUUCGACAGAUUUGUAUGCUCCAAACUUAUCAUCGCCGUCAUCAUCUUAUGGACAGAUUACUUCAACAAAUAAUCGAUUUCGUGAACAAUCCCAACCUGAAAAUAAUGAACAAGAUAACGUUAAUCAUGCAAAUGCUGAUUAUGAUAACGAUGAUGAUACAGAUUUUACUCGUUAUGUUCCAUAUAAACGAGGAAAUUUCUUCAAAUUACGAAUUACUGGCUUAAUCCUAAUAUUAAUUACUAGUUUGAUAUCUUUAAGUUUAACUGUACUAAUUGUACCAGUUGGUAUUGGACGUUUAUUAUUGUUGAAUUUAAGCGGAAGUGGUUCUACAUCAAAGCAUGAUGCUAUCGCUUUAGUUGGUGGAUUCACUGUUCUGGGAAUAAUUCUCCGUCUAGCUCCUUGCAUACCACAUCUUUUCAAUGGAAUUUAUCGAAUUAUUAUGUUGAUUGGUCAAAGUGGUAGUUUAAUUAGCUGGUCUAGACCAUUACGUGUAUUUAGAAUUUGGACUCGUUUAGGUACAACAUGUGAAAUUACAAUACGACGACCAGCAUUACCAAUGGCUCCUAUGAUUGAUUUAAAUCGACAUUAUGGAUUUCAAUCUACUGUGGAUAUGAAUAUUGGGAUAUAUCUACAAAAUUAUCUACGAAUAUUAAUAAAUUGGUUACGUCUAUUUUGUAUUGCUGUAAUAUGUCUGGGCAUUCUCCCAACAGCUUUAGGAUUAUUAAUCAACUUCAUUUUCAUUGUACCCUUCCGUAUUGGACCCAAAAAAACCAUUAUUGUUGGGUUUUGGGAGCAUUGGAUAUUUGGUAUUAUGCAUUUAAAAGUGGUUAUCUUACUUACUCUUCUUGGACCGCCAUGGUGGUUACGAAAUCGUUUAGAAUUAUUUCAUGAUGAAAUGACACAUCAUCGACAAGAUGCUCGUUGUAUGCGUUUACUUUGGGCAAUCGCACCAUUGCUUGUAACUAUUGGAUUAUCGUUAAGUGUACCAUAUUUAUUGGCUUAUUAUAUUAGUCCAUUAAUCGGUAAGAUUUUUACCUAGCUGUGUAACUUUCAAGAAUCCUGAUUGUUUAUUUAUUGUGUUGAUUGCUUUUAAAGUACAUAUAUUCACUGGUUGGUCUAUACUAAACAUCUAUUUGUUUAAUAAAUAAGAACUUUCGUCUAAAUUUGAACGAAUAGUUUAACAAUAUUUGAGCGCCGAGUUUAUGCGAGACAUUAAAGUGGAAGAAUGUUUUUGUAAAAUCUCAGCGAAAGAAUUUGAAGUAAAUCCAACGUUUCACCUGAUAAUCUGGUCCAAGGUUUUUCAAAGUGAUCAAGAAGUUGCUAAGUUGCGUAAUGUAAGAAACAAAGAAGGAACAGAAUUUUAACGGAUGGUCAAUAGGAUGGUAGUUACGUAAGAAUCAAGAGAUAAAUGUUGAGAAGUUAUUAAGUUCCACAUAUUUCCAUUUAUCGGUUGUACUGUUACUGAUAGGAAAACAUAUAGCUUAAAGCGAAAUAUUGAGAAUACAAGCUAUAUUUUGAUUAAUUUUUCUUUAGCAUUGUUAGCUAGGUAACCGUGUUUCUACGGCUUCUGAUUAUCGAAUUGAAUCUUAUAUUUCCAAUGUAUAUAUGUAUUUAUGUAUCACUAUUACCUACGUAAUAAUAAUUUCUUAUUGACUUGUUUAUUUCCCUACAGCAUUAGAUAGCGAAGUUGCAUUUCGAUACAUAUAUCCAUUUCUUUUCGCCAUGUUCAUCUGUUCAGUGUUAUUGAUUCUGUGUAUCGACCAAAUUCGACGUCUUUAUUUGCAUAUUAAAGAUGAAAAGUAGGUUUGUAGUAAAAGUCUUAUUAUUCUGUGUAGUCGAUCAUUUAAAACAUAAAAUAUUUGUUCAAUAAAUAGGCAAAAUAAUGAGGUCAUACAUAGUAACUUCACAUUUUCCUCUUCCUUUGUGACUACAAUCUUGAUUUCCGAUUAUUUCUGAACACCCUCAGAAGUUAAACAUUUCUAGUGAGUACAGUGACUGUUAUUUACGUACCUGCAGAUGGAAUUAAUGGUCUCUGUGAGUGGAACAUAAGUGAAUAAUGGUUCGACAUCCAGAGAUAGCAUAAUUUUGUCAUUUAUACUCACUUCUUUUAUGUGCUCAAUAAAUUCAGGAGUAUCACGUAUGGAGUGAUUACAAAUGUGUUUUCUGAUGGGUUCUAAGAGAUUUGUCAGCCACUUUGUGAUAAAAUGGUAAGGAGAUCCUGACAUAUCGAGAAUAGGUCUGAGAGGUAGGACAGGUUUGUGUAUUUUUUGGCAUACCAUAUAGUCGCUGUAAUAAUGAUCCUGUUGGUUUUAUUCGCUCAAAGACAUGUCCUUCAAUUAACUUAUCAUUUUUCAUUCUUUCAAGAACUUCAAUUAGUUGUUUUUCUAUAACUUGUCUUGUUUUUCUCAUUGAUUGGUUUUGAGAAUUUGGUGUCAUCUGCUAACAGCGUUGUCAUUUUUUCAACAUAAUUAUUGCGGUUUAGCAGCACUAAACCAGCACCUUCAACUGGACGUGUUAUGAUCAAUUCUUUAUUAGUUCUAAGUAGUUUUAGGUGAUUUCUAUGUUCUUUCGUUAGAAGACUUUUGUGCUAAUAUAUUGGUUGCAGCUAUCGAGAAGAGUAGAUUUGAAACGUUGGAAUUCUUGGUCAAAGACUGGAUUAAGACUAUUAGAUUAAAUUCUCGAACUGAACAUGUGAGGAUUUUAUUAAUUUUUUUAUUUCAUCUUUAAUGUACUAUCACAACUAAAAACUGAACAGAUUUAAAAUAAAGAAAUUUCAAUGAAGGAUAUGUUUGUUUUCAACGAAAUUAUUUAAUUUAGCUAUAAAUCCAUGAUCAAAGAGGUUAGAGAACAGUAGCAGGAUGAAAAUAAUUUACGGGACAGAUAUGAAGACAAAACUGAUGUUGAUUUCGUCGUUUUUUUUAGUUUUAUUCAAUGACAAAAUAGAUUGAAGUUUGAACCUAUUACACACAUGAAAUAUGUAAACGUGCAUAGAUCCCUUUUUGAAGCUCAUUUUAAGCUGUAUAUAUUAAAAUCUUCAAAUUUUUAAAAAAAUAAAUUUUUAGAUAUUUAGUUGGAAAACAACUGCUAAAUUUUCGACCAUCACCAAGUCAAUCAUUAGUUCCAGCAUCAUCAUCAUGACUAUCCAAUUGCCAGUUAGUUAAUUUGGACAUACACUACUAAUUCACAUUGUCUAGACAUGUAAAGAUCAUCACUUGGUAUUUUUUGGAAAGAAUCCCGCAACUUCACGUCUGGAACAACAUUUUUUUCGUACUCACUAAUGAUAUUUUCUGUUUCUAACAACCCAACAUUUUUAAAGAAUAUCGCUGUUAGAGUAUUAUUUUGCAUAUACAAUAAAUAUACACCUCCCCAACUCGGGCACACAAACAAGUACACUAAUCAAUGAUCUUUGAUUUAUUCUGUAUUUAAAAUAUUUUCUCGAAAAAAACAAACAAACGCGACUAGACAAUAUUUAUAAAAAUACAUUUUUCUUAUAUCA